AUGUCUCUGGGUUAUCGGCCCAACAUGCAGUCGUAUUCUUUGAUUACCAUUCUAGGCCUUGCCAGUGCUACACUUAUCAUUGGUCAACAGUUUAAGCGGUACUCCUACCCAUGGUACACUCUCAAUCUGACGCAAGCAUGCUUUACCGCCAUUAACUCGAGUGUUCCUUCAUGCCCUUCUCUAUUAGCAACUCAUACAACUGGCACCGGAACGGUAGACAUACUGGGUGAGGAUGCCCUUCAGUCUCUUUCGUUCAAGCAGCAUGUACGGGGCAGGGAGACAUCGCCAGGAAAGUACUGUGACUUGAUCUUGGGGGAAUGGCGAAACCAAACAAAUGCAACGAACGACAACAGCUCAGCACAUGACUGUUCUGAUUGCAUUCUUGGGCCGUUCAAAAUACAACUAGAAUCGCCGAUAGGCUAUGAUGAUGAGUGGGCAGAAGACUUUAUCUCAUUGACCUCUAGUUGUGGAGCUACUGGGUACACCUAUGUAGCGCCUACAGGAUACGCCUUGAAUUCCUCUAUUACAUCGUCUGGCACGGCCACGAGCACCGGCACUGGGAGUGAUGCUGCCACUCCAACCUCUACGCACACCUGUGUGACCACGUACACAGUACAGGCUAACGAUACAUGUCAUUCGAUUGCUAAAAAGCACAGUGUUUCUACAUACAACCUCAUGGUUGCCAAUGGAAUCACAAUUUUCUGUUCAAACCUGGCUGCACCAGGAGAAAGUAUUUGCAUUCCGGAAAGCUGCAACUCGACAACCCUGUUGGCCGGGAAUUCUUGCGCUCAAAUGAUGUGUGACUGGAACGUCAGCAUGGCACAAAUCCUAGCUUGGAAUUCGAUCAUCAGCAGUUUGUGCGAUAAUUUCCAUCUCUUUUACGGAUGGGAAAUCUGUAGGGGACCCCCAGGUGGUGCUAUAGAAGUGCCCACAGGCGCUCCAACGACUACAUCUGGCCCUACUGCCACUGGUGUAGUCUACAGCACACCUGCGCCAGUUCCGACAAAUGCUAUGGCAGGUUACAAUCACCGCUGCGGUAAAUGGUAUACGGUAAGAAAUCAACCUGUUUUACGAGCUUUGUCAGUGGGCCUUGCCUCUAGCCACGUCUUUGCCAACUGUACCAACCUGUGGGACGGAUAUGCCUACUGCGUUGGAGUCGUCGGCAACGUUGCUACCUACUCAGGAUGGACUGUCACUGCAGCACCCACCACUAGCUUCACCAGACCUGCAAGUACAACGGAGACAUGGACUCCAGGACCAACCUAUAUACUGCCGCAUGCUCCGGGAACAUUGCAAGACUGUGCAGUUUAUAGAGAUGCUAUUGAUGCAAACAAUAAUCCAACGAAGGAGUGGGGUCUCGGUACUGAUUUCCUGGACGGGCUCGGAUCAACUACACAGCCUGUUCAUUCUAUUCCCACCCUUAUUCGGUCACUGUUGAUGACUUCGUACAGUGGAACCCCAGCCUAG